AUGUUGUAGCCCAAACCAACAAUUACAGUGCCUAUUAUUGGAUCAUAUUAAGUUAAAAUGAACUAUCCAAUCAGUGAUGCAAAGCUUGAAAAUAGUAGCCACUCAUGUCCUUUUUGGAGCCAAUCAUAUCCCAUUCCCAUAAGCCAGUUAAAGAAACCAUAAAGGGUGCAUAGAGAAGAUAUUCUAGUUGCAUCGAUAGUAUCUAUUUUCCAGUAAGAAGAUAUAUAUGCCGGCAAUAAUGUAUCUAUAACGUUUGUUACCAAUAGACUUGAUGCUAUUAUAAAACCAAAAAGCCAAUACUCAGUACUAAAAGACUUUACUUAAUCCCAUUAUGAUAGCUAAGAUUCUUAAGAUUACACCUAAGUAGGUUUUGAAUCGUUUUCUUAAAUAGAUACUUUAUCAAAAGUAAUCUAUUCCUACUAUCUCAUAUUUAAUUUUUCUUCUUUGUAAUAUAAUAUAAAUGAAAUAACCAAAGAAAUACAAGUCAAUCCAAAAGUUAGUAAUAAAGCAGAUUCUAGUCCGUACUUUUAUACAAUAGCAGGUUAAGCAAUUAAAACAACGCACUUGCUGAUUAAAAUGCAUGAAGAAUUUAUGCCAAAUAGAAAAGCUUUCUCUUUUUCAGCAACAUAUUAAUUUAAGUAUGCUUUAGAUGAAGUAGAGAUAGUUUAAACCGCCAAAUAAAUCAGUAUUCUCCCAACAAAAAAGAACCAAAAAUAGUUCCAAUAAAAAGAUGCGUACAUCAAAAACUAGCCUAAAACAACAAAUAUUGUUUAACCUAUCAAAACCAUUGAGUUAGAGUACAAAUCGCAAAGUAGUCCUAUAAAAAAUGAAAGAAAUAUAAGUGCAAUCAUAGAAAUCGAACUGGCUAAGUUGAAGUAAAAUUCAAAGCUAUCUCUAUAAUCUUUUUCAAAAAACUCCUUCCAGUAAUCAUGGAGAGUAGGUGACUCACACAUUGCAUAAAAACUUCCUAUAUUUGCUAAACAAAUCCAUACUGCCAUUGGAUAAUUAGUGGGUUAAUCAUCUUUUUAAUGA